AUGGGUUUCGCAUUGAAGAAGCCUGAUGAUGCACUUGGCUCUGCAACUCCGGCUAUCAUCAUCGGCCUAUUUGUGGCUUUCGGUGGUGUUCUAUUUGGAUAUGACACCGGAACUAUUAGUGGCAUUCUUGCCAUGAAGUAUUGGCGAAAAAUGUUUUCCACCGGCUACAUCAAUCCCGACGACCAUUUACCUGAUGUCACAUCCCCCCAAUCCUCGAUGAUUGUCUCCCUCCUCUCAGCGGGAACCUUUUUCGGUGCCUUGGGUGCCGCUCCUAUUGCGGAUUACUUCGGUCGUCGGAUUGCCAUGAUUCUUGAGACCUUUGUCUUCUGCAUAGGUGUUAUUCUACAAACUGCAUCGACAUCCAUUCCACUCUUUGUGGCUGGCCGUUUCUUUGCCGGCCUGGGUGUGGGUCUCUUGUCCGCAACUAUCCCCCUCUACCAGUCAGAGACGGCGCCCAAAUGGAUUCGAGGAACGAUUGUCGGUGCCUACCAGCUAGCCAUCACGAUUGGUCUGCUCCUGGCGGCCAUUGUCAACAACUCGAGUAAGGAUCGCGACGACACUGGUUGCUAUCGGAUUCCCGUGGCUAUUCAAUUUGCCUGGGCUAUCAUCCUUGUCGUUGGAAUGCUUAUCCUGCCUGAGACUCCCCGAUUCCUCAUCAAGAAAGACAAGCAUGAAGCCGCAGCCAAGGCUCUUGCCCGCCUGCGUCAUCUUGACAUCAACGAUUCCGCCAUCGUUGAGGAGCUGGCAGAAAUCCAGGCUAACCACCAGUAUGAAAUGAGCCUGGGUAAGGCCACCUACCUGGAGAUCCUGCGUGGCUCUAUUGGAAAACGGUUGGCCACCGGUUGUGCCGUUCAAGGCCUCCAACAGCUCGCUGGUGUUAACUUCAUUUUCUACUACGGCACCACUUUCUUCCAAAAUUCGGGUAUCCAGAACUCUUUUGUGAUUACGCUGAUCACCAGCAUCAUCAACGUGGUAUCAACCUUGCCCGGUCUAUACAUGGUGGAGAAAUGGGGCCGUCGGCCCCUGUUGAUGUUUGGCGCAGUCGGCAUGUGUAUCUCGCAACUCGUGGUAGCCAUCGUCGGUACCGCGGCAACAUCCGCCGUGGCGAAUAAGGUGUUGAUUGCAUUCGUGUGUGUCUACAUCUUUUUCUUUGCCUGCUCUUGGGGUCCCGUUGCCUGGGUAGUCACGGGUGAACUAUUUCCCCUCAAGGCCCGCGCCAAGUGUCUCUCCAUCACGACCGCUACCAAUUGGUUACUCAAUUGGGCCAUUGCCUAUGCUACACCCUACAUGGUGAACAGCGGCCCCGGGAAUGCAAACCUGAAGUCCAAGGUUUUCUUUAUCUGGAGUGGGUUCUGUUUCAUCUGCGCCAUCUUUGUCUACACGUGCAUCUAUGAGACCAAGGGUCUGUCACUCGAACAAGUGGAUGAACUUUACGCGAAGGUGCCUGUUGCGUGGAAGUCGAAAAGUUUUGUUCCGUCUGUCCACUACACUGAUGUUCGCGAUGUCUCCGUCUCCAACUCUGGUGAUCUUGCCGAGCUUGAGACACAGGCCAAUGAGAAACGCAGCGGCGAGGAAGCGACUCAUUUGGAAACUAUUAGUGCAAAGGCUGAUGUUUAA